AUGAAGAGAAGCACCCUCCUCAUCCUUUCCAUCACAGGGGUCUACAGUGCCAUUCUCCACACAGCAGCAUGGUCUGUGAAUAACUUUCUGAUGACAGGACCUAAGGCUUACCUGACGUACUCCAGCAGUGUGGCGGCCGGGGCACACAGUGGGAUGGAGGAGUGCAAGUUCCAGUUCGGGUGGGAGCGCUGGAACUGCCCCGAGAGCGCCCUGCAGCUCUCCACCCACAACCGGCUCCGCAGCGCUACCCGGGAAACCUCCUUCAUGCAUGCCAUCAGCUCAGCCGGGGUCAUGUACACCCUCACCAGGAACUGCAGCCUGGGAGACUUCGAGAGCUGCGGCUGUGAUGACUCCAGGAACGGCCGCGUCGGUGGCCGAGGCUGGGUCUGGGGAGGAUGCAGUGACAAUGUGGAGUUUGGGGAGAAGGUUUCCAAGCUCUUCGUGGAUGCCUUGGAAACAGGGCAUGAUACCCGUGCGCUGAUUAACCUGCACAACAACGAAGUGGGGAGACUUGCAGUGAAAGACACAAUGAAGAGAGCCUGCAAGUGCCAUGGGGUGUCAGGCAGCUGCAGCAUCCAGACCUGCUGGCUGCAGCUCGCCGAGUUCCGCGAGAUUGGCAACUACCUGAAGAUCAAAUACGACCAAGCCCACAAGCUGGAAAUGGACAAGAGGCGCGUGAGAGCCGGCAACAGCGCUGACAGCCGCGGCGCCACGGCAGAGACCUUCCACCACAUCCAUGCCACGGAGCUCAUCUUCCUGGAGGACUCCCCCGACUACUGCACGAGGAACGCCAGCCUGGGCCACCACGGCACCGAGGGCCGCGAGUGCCUACAGACUGGCAAGAACCUCUCACAGUGGGAGAAGAAGAGCUGCCGGCGGCUCUGCACCGAGUGCGGCCUGCGAGUGGAGGAGCGGAGGACGGAGGUGGUGGCCAGCUGCAACUGCAAGUUCCACUGGUGCUGCACGGUGCGCUGCGAGCAGUGCCGGACGCUGGUGGCCAAGCACUUCUGCACCCGCCGUGACUCUGCUGCCCCCAACCACAUCAGGCAGAGGAACAGGGGGCACAGGAGAUAG